AUCAUCAAAGAUCAUGGAGCGGAUCUUUGGACAUCAUUGACUUUAAAACAAGUAGACAUCUGGGGAUGGAUGAAUCACAGGGGCUUGGGAUUCCGACCGUGGAGUUGGCGAAUGGGUUCAACAUCCCAAUACUGGGUCUUGGCACAUCACAUGAUGGUGGCUAUUCCCACUCUUCAGUCCUGUAUGCCCUAAAAGAAUGUGGCAUUCGUCACAUUGAUACUGCAAAAAGGUAUGGCUGUGAAUCAUAUCUAAAUAAAGCCAUCAGAGAGAGUGGUGUAAAUCGUGAGAGUCUCUGGAUUACUACAAAACUUUGGCCUGGGGAUUAUGGCUAUGGAACAACAAAAGCAGCAUGUCUGGAAUCCUGCAGGAACCUCGGCGUGGAUUAUAUUGAUCUUUACCUCAUGCAUUGGCCUGAUGCAAAUGUCCCAGGAAAAACUAAUCGUGAACUUCGAGCUGAAACAUGGCAAGCAAUAGAAGAAUUAUACGAUGAAGGAAUCUGUCGAUCCAUAGGAGUGAGCAAUUUCCUCAUUUCUCAUUUAGAGCAGCUGAAGGAAGACUGUGACAUCAUCCCACAUGUCAAUCAGGCUGAAUAUCAUCCUUUCCAGAAGCCCCAGGAGCUAGUGGACUACUGCAGGAGCCAAGGAAUAGUAUUUGAAGGAUAUUGCCCUCUGGCCAAAGGCUUGGCUUUGUCACACCCCGAUAUCAUCAAAAAGGCAGAGAAAUACAAAUGCACGCCUGCUCAAAUCUGUAUACGCUGGAGCAUACAAAAUGGAAUUGUCACCAUUCCAAAAUCUACAAAGAAGGAAAGAAUUUGGGAAAAUUGCCAGGUGUUUGAUUUUUCACUCAGUGGAGAAGAUAUGGUAUCCCUAAAUUCACUUAAGAAUAACAGCAAAAUUAUUACACUGACAUUCCCUUUAUGGAAGGAGCAUUGAUCUCAAACUGAACAAUCCACUGCCAAGAAUGGUCCCUCAGGUGAACAUGCUCUAUGGAUGUUAAGACACUAACGUUGACUAUAACCACUAUGACCACAAUCAUCACAUGGUUACUGAAGAUUUACAGUAUACUUGCCACACUUUGUUAUGCCACUUAGAGAACCUACUUGGAUUGAUGCUACUCCAGGAAAAUCUCAUCAGCUGUUUGUUCCCUGAAAUGGAAGGUCAUUUCUGUUGUUGAAUGUACAUGAAUUCACAUUGAUAGCACUGGGUGAUUUGCUUUAUGUCCUCAUUUCAUUUCAUCUUUCAGUAACUCUCCACAAAAUGUGGUCUCAUAAACAGAUGGAACUAGAAGAGACUUGCUACAAUUCUCCCCCGUACAUGCGGAGCCUGUGUUACUGGGGGGGGGG